GCCAGUGAGAGGUCAGGAGCAGGGGAUGGGCAUGCCCCACGCCUGGGGGACUGAGGCAGGAAACCAGCAAGAGCCACGCCAGUCUGAGGAAGUUGAAGACUCCCUGGCAGAGGCCCAGAGGCAGCAGCUGCAGACUCAGCUCCUCCAGCAGGAGCUGCAGGACAGGGCAGUACGAGACCAGGAGCAGGAUGCAGCUUGCUUGCAACAGGAGGUGGCUGUACUGCAUUUGAGCCUGGAGGCAGCACGCAGGGAGCGAGAGGCAGCCAAGCAGCAUCUGGAUGCCCUUCUGCAGGGCCAUGGGCAGGAGAUGCAGGCCUGGAGGCAGCACCUGCAGCAGGUGCUCCAGGACCAGCAGCGCCGGGGAGAGGAGCGAGCAGAAGCACUGAAGCAGCGGUACCAGGCACUGCUGCAGGAGGUGCUGCGGGACGCCGUGGAGCUCUCCAUGCACAACCAGCAGCUGCGGGAGGCCAGAAGACACAGCUCAGCUGAUGCCACCACGCAGACACCCUGAGCCAGAGUCCCUGAGCAGUGGGAACAGCCACCCUGACAGCAAGGACAGAGCGGGUGCUGGUUCCUCCUGCUGCUGCCCAGCACACACCUCCAGUCCAAUCUACACAGCCUUCUGAGCAGCACAGGUAUGGCUCUCUGUGGCACCAGACUGACACAGGCACGAGGCUACAGCUGGUGCCAUGGAAGGGCUCGUGGCCCCAGGGAUGCUGCCGAGUGCAAUAAAGCAAG